AUGUCAAAUGAUACAAAACUGAAAGAAAGGGAAGAUGAAGAAUAUGACCCGUUCGUUGCGCGCCGGAUAGCAAAACCAAACUCAACAACUGGCACGCUAAUCCAUCUGAUCAAAGGCUCACUAGGGACGGGAAUCAUGGCAAUGCCGAUGGCUUUCAAAAAUGGUGGCCUCUUUUUCAGUCUAAUCGGAUCGGUAGCAAUUUGUUUCGUGUAUUAUCACUGUGUAGAGCUGCUGGUGGGGAUAUCACAAAAAGCAUGCAAAAAUGGUCGCAUCCCCGCGUUGGGUUUUGCUGAAACUGCCGAAGCCGUCAUCGUUAGCGGACCAACACCUCUCAAACGUUAUUCGAGCUUUGCUAAGAACUAUAUUGAUUGCAUGUUGGUUGUGCAAAGUUUGCUGAUGCUGUGCCUGUUUCAAAUUUUCAUCGCCAGUUCCCUGCGAGACGUUGUCAACAACCAACAGCAGAUUGAGUGGAGUACAUUGACCUACAUAAUACUGGUGACAAUUCCGAUAGCCUGUAUUACUCAAAUAAGGGUUCUAAAAUAUUUGGUACCAUUUUCGGCGCUGGCGAACGCUUUGAUGAUUACUGCCUUUGCCAUUACGCUCUAUUUUCUACUGAGUGUUCGAAUUUCUCUGAAUGGCAAGAAUUUUUGGCCGGAAUGGAACAAGCUACCGUCCUUUAUAAGUACUGUGCUAUUUGCAAUAUCGGGAAUCAGGUAUGUCCUUCCUAUUGAAAACAAUAUGAAACAUCCCCAACACUUUUUAGGCAACUGUGGAGUCCUUACGAAAGCAACGGUUUUUCUUACUAUUUUGUAUGUUUUAACUGGAUUUUUUGGAUAUAUUUGUUACGGCGAUAAUACUAAAGCAUCAGUCACACUAAAUCUUCCUAGUGAUAGCAGAUUGGCCGAGUCUACUCGCCUGCUGGCAGCCACUGCCGUUCUGUUUUCCCUGGGCCUUAGCUAUUAUGUACCGAUGGACAUAAUCUGGCGCCGGGUAGAACACAAGGUUCCACCAGAGCGAAGGAAUGUUGCACAAAUAUCGCUCCGAUUUAUCAUUCUUAUCUUACUCACUGCCAUAACGAUUGGUGUCCCCAAGCUCGAACCGUUCGUCGGAUUGGUUGGAUCGUUCUGCUCUGGAAAGCUGGUAGUACUGGCUCCUGCCAUCCUGGACGUUGUAUUCCGAUGGCCGAACGAAUUCGGACCGUACCGGUGGAGAUUAGUGAAAGAUUGUUUGCUAGCCGCGUUUGGACUCUUUGUACUUGUCACGGGAACUGUUGAUAGCGUAAAGAAUGUGAUUGCCAUUUAUCGUUAG